AUGUCGGCACCAACUCUCAAGAUUAAGACCACCCACACCUCCAGAGGACCAUUCUCGCCUCUCCCCUCAGAACUCCCACGAACUCCCAUAAUCGGCCAUUUUGAUUCUUUAAAGAGCCAUGAGGAGUGCCUAAAGACACCUAUAACCCCACCAGCGGCAUAUACCGAUUUCUUGAGGAAUACCGCCAAUAGUCCGGCUCUCUGCAAAUCGCCUGCAUUCUUUCCCCCGAAUUCAGCAAAGUCAUUGCUAGCAAACACACAGGGUUACUAUACGCCCACGACACCGUACCCUCUAGCACCGACAUCGGCCGCCAGGCGCCUACGAAUUCCUUCAUCUCCCGCUUCCGCGGCUAAUUACUCACCUUCCACUGAAUCACCGGCGUCGGCAACUUCGCGGUCUUCGGAAGAGGAGACCGAAGUUGAAGCUAGAAGUCCUCGAACAGGGCCCCGAGUGACGGUGAAACAGGUUGUGACGACUACAGUUACUUUCACUCCUCGAAUGAGCCUUAUGCCUGCACCCAAGGGGAAGAGGAGACGGAUUGAGUAA